GGUGAUCGUGCAUGGGGCGGGCUUCGCGACCUGAGAUCCUCGGUAGAGGGGGCGGCGACGCGCUUCGUGGCCCGGCCACUGCCGGCGAUGGGUAGGGGCUCGCGGGGACUCCCGCAAAGUUUGGGAGCGACAGGUCCGAAGGGCAGGGGUCCGCCUCCCUCCCACUCCCGGCGCCGCUCCAGCGCUGGAGGCUCCCAGGAGGUCGUCGCUGGGCCCUCGGAUGCCGCCAGGGCUGGGUCUGAACGCCGGGGAGCUCGGCGGCGGACCGGAGGAGCGUGGGAAGGAGAGAGAGCUGCGAAGGGGGGCGAGUGAUGGAGGGCCACUAGCAACGAGCCGGUCUCCGGCUGGAGUUACAGAGGGGCCAGAAAUAAAGCAGGAGGCGGGGCUGGGGCAGCGCUUGGCCCGACGGAGAAAGAAGACAAAAUCCUGUUGCGCGUUAAAACACCUGUUCUUCUCCAGCUCCGGAGUCCUGUUGGUGGAGGGGCUGGCAGCUUUGCUCUGUUAGGGGUCAUAGACUUCUAGGCACAGCCUGUCAACUAGAACAUGUACGGAGGCGUCAACGGGGACCAAAGCAGUGCAGCUGGCUUAACUCACACAAGCCUGUUUCCCGCUGGAGUGUAGGCAGGGGGACAGCAAACAGGCAAACAGACUCCAGCGGAAGAGCCCAUGCCCUACGGCCGCGGGUGGUGAUGGGUUCACUUCGCAGGGGCACGGGCUGUCGCCAUGGUGUGGGUCCCUGCUAAUGCAGUGGGUUGUAGACACAGCUCUCGCUCUCAGUUACAGUCUGGCGUAUCUGCUAAAGUCAUGCUGGGAUUGUUUAAAGAAUGUGAUUCAGCCCCAGAAGCCUGAGGAUCAAGCUCUUUUUGGUUUAACCGGGGAUUUUUUUUUUUUUUUCCUUUCGUGGAGCUACAAUUUACUCACAUAUAAAAAGGGAAGAAUAGAUCUUAGCUCUGGUUACUCUGGCAGAGAUAAAGGGUUGGAUAAAGUGAUAGCUCUGAUGUGCUGUGGGGUCUUCGCCUAAGAAGGGCUUUGUGAAAAGAAGCCGCAAAGAUGGUGUGGGCACUAGCAGUUCCGCAUUGUGGAAUCUGAUGGGCAACGCCAUGGUGAUGACGCAAUAUAUCCGCCUUACUCCAGAUAUGCAAAGUAAACAGGGUGCCCUCUGGAACCGGGUGCUACAUUGUCUUCCUUGAGGUAUGGCGGCAAGAAGUGAAUGCAGUAUUCCUGGUGUGGCUGCACUCUGAUUUUGUACAAGUCCAUGUUUCGUGAGAGACUGGGAGUUGCAGGUGCACUUCAAAAUCCAUGGACAAGGGAAGAAGAAUCUACAUGGGGAUGGCUUGGCAAUCUGGUACACAAAGGAUCGGAUGCAGCCAGGGCCUGUGUUUGGAAACAUGGACAAAUUUGUGGGGCUGGGAGUAUUUGUAGACACCUACCCCAAUGAGGAGAAGCAGCAAGAGCGGGUGUUCCCCUAUAUCUCAGCCAUGGUGAGCAAUGGCUCCCUCAGCUAUGAUCAUGAGCGGGACGGGCGGCCAACAGAGCUGGGGGGCUGUACGGCCAUUGUCCGCAAUCUCCAUUAUGACACCUUCCUUGUGAUUCGCUAUGUCAAGAGGCAUUUGACGGUAAUGAUGGACAUCGACGGCAAGCAUGAGUGGAGGGACUGCAUUGAGGUGCCCGGAGUCCGCCUGCCCCGGGGCUACUACUUUGGCACCUCCUCCAUCACCGGGGAUCUCUCAGACAACCAUGACAUCAUUUCCCUGAAGUUAUUUGAGCUGACGGUGGAGAGAACCCCAGAAGAGGAGAAGCUGCAUCGAGACGUGUUCUUGCCCUCGGUGGACAACAUGAAGCUGCCUGAGCUGACAGCCCCGCUGCCGCCCCUAAGUGGCCUGGCUCUCUUCCUCAUUGUCUUCUUCUCUCUGGUGUUUUCCGUGUUUGCCAUUGUCAUUGGGAUCAUACUGUACAACAAGUGGCAGGAACAGAGCCGGAAGCGUUUCUACUGAGCCCUCCUGCCACCACCUCCGCUGUGGCUGUCCCCAUGAGGUGUGGGAAGAACAGGCGCUGGCCCGACCACACAGCCCAGUGGUCUUCUCCAUUCUUCAGCAGCCGGUCAGGGACUGUGUUCUGUCACUGAAGCUUUGAGUUCAGGGACACUGUAUUCCCAUGGUCAUCUGUGAGGACCUCUGACUCUGGUUCAGGAAGCCCACCCACCCCAGGGCAAUGCUGCUGUGAUGUGCCUUUCCCUGCAGUCCGUCCACUGGGAGCUCAGAGGGUGGAGAUAGGAUCUCCUGGUAUGAUGCCAAGAUCACAGAAAAGAACUUCGUAACCCAGGAUGCCUUGGUGUUGGACUCAGGACCCCCGUGCUUCUCACUUAAAUCUGCAAAGAAUGGAAAACUCCUCAUACCUUUCCACCAUCCAUUCAUUGGUUUUUGCUUUUGUCUAAGCCUCUGUCCACCUGAGCAGCUCUCCUUGGAAAUCUGGGUGGAAACUUCUCCCUCCUUUUACUGUCCUCUUCACAUGCAGCCUGAGAUCGAGAAGACCUUCCAUGCCUGUCUGUCGGAGCCAGGGCUGCAGAACAAACAUGUUGCACUGACCCUCAUUAGGUGUCCGCAGGGAAGGCUUUCUGCUUUGGCCCGCUGCUCUAGCCUUUGCUUGUCUGUGUGGAUCCUGGAUCUGUUGGCGUGUUUGGGAUCUUCCCAAUGAGGCCCUUCCAUUCAGCCCUCAGUCUUGUUUGGCUGGAAGUUGGUGUGCAAGUCAAGAGAAGCUUGGAAGAUCCCGUGGAUGAGUGGGCUGAACUGUGACACUGACCUGCUCCAGGUUUUGACACCAGAAGCAACAUUUGCUGAGUGACCCGACCACAUGGAGAUGUUUCUGGACCAACUGGAGCCUGCUUAGCUGCAUGUUUUGUGUCUGUCAUGGUCUUUGGAAUCCUACUUUGAGUGUUCAAAAUGUAAGAAAACUUUUUUCUUAUAGUCUCGGCCUGGAUACUCCCCAGGAGGAAAUCGGGCUUCUUUUUCUUAAUGGAUAAGUAAGUUGCUGUUCUCGUGUUGCAAAUCUGGGUCAAUAGGCCCUUGUCAUCUGUGCCUGGAAGAGUUCAUUGUCAUUGAGCAAUAGAGCCUGAGUGUCAUCCUCCAGGGAUUAGCCCUUAUUCACUGCCUAUUGGACAAGGGGUCACACACUGCGCUACUCACCCAUCUGCCUAUGAUGAGAUUGGUUGAUAGAGGGCCCAGAGCUGAGCUCUCCUAGCCUGUACUUCUGUAGCCUAAGGGAGAUUCGUAAAAUGGCUGAUGGAAACCCAA